AUGCUGUGUUUAUUAGCAAUUACAUAUUUGGCCUUGGCGUCGUGCUCUGCCGCAUCAGAGGCCCAAGCGCGGCUUUUGGGGACACGAACAUGUCCCUGGACACCCCUUGAGGAGUCAGUAUUGGAAUGUCCAGUCAAAGACAGAACAACAUCAAAUGGAGAAUAUUCGACACAAAAGUCAAACAAUGAGACGAGGCCGGAUGAGCCUCAAGACUGGACUGGCCCACAUGGAUGCGCAGGGGACUACUGUCUGUAUGCGCACAGAGGCUUUGCGGCCGGAAGGGGGGUUGUCAUCAUCUCAACGCUGGAAAACCAGCAAAAGUUGAAGGAAAUGGGGGAAAAGAUCGAAGAACAUAGCACAGGCGACCCAGGCUCAUCAACCCCUCCAUUCCGCAUCACCGAGGUGGGCGGCAAAGGAUUGGGCAUGAUCGCCAACAAGACACUCGCGCGAGGGGACAUUGUUAUGCUGCAGACCCCCGUACUCAUCGCCCAUCGCGCCUUCAUUGAACACACGCCUCCAGCUAAGCAGUAUCCUCUUCUUGAUGCUGUCGCGAAUCUUUUACCUGCACCAGCACGGAAGAGCUUCCUCGGCCAGAUGGCACAUUUCGGUGGCCAUGAGAUCGUCGACAUAAUGCAAACCAAUGCUUUCCAGAUGGACCUUGGUGGCGGAUCCCAAGGCGACGGCCACCACUAUGGCAACUUCCCGGAGGUAUCACGGUAUAACCACGACUGUCGGCCCAAUGUCGCCUUCCAUAUCGGUACCGAUGGGCGUCACAAGACCACUGUCGUAAGGCCAGUGAAGCCGGGUGAGGAGCUAACGAUAUCGUAUCUAGACCAGCUCGAUGUGCGUUCUUUACGACAGGAACGUGCCAGGAUAGCAUGGGGGUUCGAUUGUGGGUGUUCACAGUGCAGCCUUGCGAAAAGAAAAGCCGCGGCGUCUGAUAAACGGUUGGUAGAGAUUCAGGAUACUGAGAGAAAGCUUUCGGAUAUCACCGCCAAAGUGACGACGUCCUUGAUUGAGAAGUUGUUAAAGCUGUACGAGGAAGAGAGGUUGGAGUCGAAGUUGGCCGGCGCGUAUACUUUGGCAGCGCUCAACUUCAAUUUGCUUGGAGACAAGAACAAGGCAACCAAGUACGCAAAGCUGGCGGUGGAGGCUGGGGUAAUCGAGAACGGGUCGGAUGCGCCAGAUGUUGAAGCCAUGCGGGUGCUGGCAGCUGACCCUAAAAAGCAUUUUACAUGGAGAGGGAGACUAAAUUGA